GCGCAUGGGGCGAGCCACGGCGGGCAGCGCUCGGCGGUCCCGGCGGGGCAGCGCGGCCGCCAGCUCCCCCGCGGGCGGGAGCCGCCGGGGGCGAGGGAAGAAGGCGGGAGGACCCCCGGCCGGGCCGGGGGCGCAGGCACAGCCCCCCGGCCCCGGCGCCUUCGAUCUGGGGGCGCAGAGCGGGCGCUGGGCCGCCUUCCAGGAGCGGCACCGGCUGAGCUGCGAGGAGGCGGCGCGGCUGCUGCUGGACGCCUAUGAAUACAGAGGUUUGGUCAAACACACAGGAGGCUGUCACUGCGGAGCCGUCCGCUUUGAGGUCUGGGCUUCAGCAGAUCUGCAUGUUUUUAACUGCAAUUGCAGCAUUUGCACAAAGAAACAGAACAGACACUUCAUUGUCCCAGCGUCGCGUUUCAAGCUGCUGAAGGGUGCUGAUAAUUUGACAACAUACACCUUCAACACACAUCAUGCCCAGCACACAUUCUGCAAGACCUGUGGCGUACAGAGCUUUUAUACUCCUCGUUCUAAUCCAGAUGGUUAUGGAAUAGCUCCCCAUUGUCUGGAUGACGGCACCGUGCAGACCAUUGUCACGGAGGAUAUCAAUGGCAAGGAAUGGGAGAAGGCAGUGAAGGAACAUAAGACCAUCAGAGACAUGUCAAAACCCUGACACACCCUUCCAGCAGCUGAACUUGGAGCACUGCCAUGGAACUCUAGUCUGGGCUUUCCUGGGUGAGGGUUGGCAAAAUCAAUCUCUACAUUAUUGUUUUCUGUUCUCUGUUUCUUAAAUAAAUCUUUCUAUGCUGCCUGUCGCA